CGGAAACGGCAGCACGGGCGCGGGGCUGCGGCUUCCCCGCAGACAUGAGCGGGCUGGGGGCCGCCGCGGGGCCGGGCUGGCAGCGGGACAGCGGCGGGCUCUCUGUCCUUGACGAGGAGCCGCUCGCCGCCGCACCUGUGGAUUUCCUGCAGGAGCUGCCCAGCUGCCAGUCGGCGCGGAGGCGCCGCGGGGGCACCCAGGAGCGCCGGCCGGCCCUGCUGGGCACCGCCGGCAGCCGCGGGGCCGCGGCCCGGGAGCUGCAGCAGGAGAGAGCCGAGCUGCCUGAGCGCCCCGCCAGAGAGCUACCGCUGAGCAUCGCGGAGAAGAGGAAAUUAAGGGGCUCUCAGCAGGCUGAUACAGAACAUUUAUCUAGAUGGAAGAAGUGGAGAAGAACUAGCAGUAAAUCAUGGCAAAAAGCACUCAGUGAAGUCAAGGGCUUGUCAUCUUACCUGGUGCUUUGGCAACGUGAUAUUCACAGCAUAGAAGGGAAAUUUGGUACUGGCAUCCAGUCCUACUUCUCCUUCCUGCGUUUUCUGGUCCUGCUGAACUUUAUAAUUUUUAUCCUCAUGUUCAGUUUUGUUACUCUUCCCUUCAUCGUUUCUAAAUAUGGAAUAUUCAACAGUACCAUUGCUUACAUUUCUCCAAAGAACAUAGAGGAUAACUGCACAGUUUAUGAACCUAGUGGUAAUAAGGGACUUGUUUACUUCUAUACUUACCUCAAAGAUUUGUUCAGUGGCACUGGAUUCCUUGAAGUGACAAGUUUGUUUUAUGGCUAUUACACAAUAGAUAUGGUAUGGAUCAGUAUCAUGAGGUACAACUUGCCACUUGCAUACCUGCUGGCUACAUUUGCCUACCUCACCUUAAGUUUCCUCUGGAUACUGAAGAGGUCCGUGAAAGGCUUUAUGCAGAACUUAGUGCACGAUGCAGAUCCAUUUCAGAGUUACUGUAACAAAGUCUUUGCAGGCUGGGACUUCUGCAUUACAGAUCCAAAUGCAGCCUGGCUGAAACAUCGCAGCUUGCAGUAUGAGCUCCAGACGGACUUGCAGGAAGAAAAACUGAAGCAAAAAAUAGCUGAGAGAACAACGAAAGAAAAGCUACGCAUCUACUCUCUGAGAAUAUUUAUAAAUAUAAUUGUCAUUGCCAUUUUAUCAGGAUGCUUUUACUCUAUUUAUAGAGUAACUGUCUUCUCUCAAGAAAACUCCAAUGACACUGACAAUGAGAACUCCUUGGCUAAUCUCUUAGUGCAGUAUUUGCCUUCCAUGGUGAUCACACUGGCCAACUUCAUAAGUCCUCUGAUCUUCUCAUUUCUGAUCAGGUUUGAAGACUAUACACCAGCCUUUGAAAUCAGGCUGACGCUCAUGAGGUGUGUCUUCGUGCGGUUGGCCAAUAUUGGCGUUCUCUUGUUCUCGCUGUGGAGUCAGAUCUCCAACUGUAGCACUGACAAGUGUAAGCCCUGUGGAUACAAUUACAAACUCUAUCCUUGCUGGGAAUCUGAUGUUGGGCAAGAAAUGUACAAACUGAUGAUAUUUGAUUUUGCUGUAAUUCUUGCUGUGCCCCUGUUUGUGGACUUCCCCAGAAAGUUGUUAGUUACUCAUUGCUCUUGCAAGCUAAUUCAGUGGUUUGGACAGCAGGAAUUUGGAAUUUCUGACAAUGUCCUGGAAAUCAUUUAUGGGCAGACUAUUUGCUGGAUUGGAACCUUCUUUUCACCACUUCUCCCUGCAAUAGCAACUAUCAAAUACUUCAUCAUCUUUUACGUUAAAAAGGUCAUUUUGAUACACACACGUAAACCUGAAGCUAGGUCUCUCAGGGCAUCAAAUUCCAACUUUUUCUUCCUGGCGGUGCUGUUGAUUGGGCUCAUCUUGGCUUUUGUGCCUUUGGCAGUCAGCAUAGCACAUAUCCCCUCUUCCAAGGCAUGUGGGCCAUUCAGGAAUUUUAACACUUCAUGGGAAGUUGUUCCAGACAAAAUACUUGAGUUUCCAACAUUUAUCCAGCAGAUCCUUUUUGGCAUGGCAUCAGAAGCCUUUGCAGUGCCUUUUUUUAUGGUCAUUUGCAUCAUUAUGUUCUAUUUUAUUGCCUUGGCUCGAGCACACAAACGAGUGGUUGAACAGCUGAGAGAACAACUGGUUUUGGAGAGUCGUGACAAGAUGUUCCUAAUCAGAAAGAUAGCAGAAGCUCAGAGGUAGCCUUGAAAACCACACAAGCCAAAAGAACUUGACUUCCUGAAACUCCCAGAGACACAAGAUAACGGCAGAAGCAUUUGCAGCUUCUAAAAACUGAGUGACUGACCAGCACCCUGGCACCCUGCUCUGUGUAAUGGGUGCUUGUAGUCUGAGUCUUUGUUGGUUAAGCUAGUGGGGCUUAAGGUUUCCAAAUCUUGGAAAUUCGGCUAAUUUAUACUGUGUUAGGGCUGCUCAAAAAAGGAUACUUUAACACUGAUACGGCUUCAGGGUUGUUGGGAUUUGUUAAGUCUCUAUUUUUUCAGGGAGUUUGGGUAAAAUAUGAUCAGAACUGAAACUCUGUUGUACUGUUUUUACAAAUUAUGCUAUAAGAAUCACAAGAGAGGGGAAAGGUAUGGUUUUACAUGUUUUCAAUGCCUUUUAUUUGCUUUGGUUUUAAAAAAAGAAAUAUGUAUGGAAGUAUUUUGAAAUAGUGCAUAGGAAAAGAAAAUAUAGCAUGGGUUUGAAAUCAGUUUUCUAAAUAUUUUUAGAGGUAAAGGUUUGCUAUUUAUUCUGCUCUGAAGCAGCAGGAGCAGUUGAACACUGGGUAACUGGUCACAAAAUUGUUGAGAGCAAACGAGCUGAUAAAAGAGCUCUGAAUAAACACUCGGGGCAGGAAGAAACCCACAGCAGGGCAGGCACAGCACUGCUGGGGCACCACUCUUGCUGCUGUGGAGGGCCCUUUUUUAUUUUUAGUGUUUUAAGGCAUUAUUAUUUGUGUUUUAUUCUUGUACAAACACCUUCACUACUGUUCUCUGUGUUCUAAAAUGUGAAUAUUUGAGAGUUAAAUUAUUGGUUGGCAAUACUGUGUGUCAGUACCCCUUAAUUUCACAUUUCCUCUCUCUUAGCUGAACUGCUGGGACCGUGUGUCUCGGAGAACCAUGUGUCCCUGUAGGCUAUCAACCCAUUCCUUUAUUUAAAGAUCGUAGUUAAGGAUUUUCUGUACAGAACUGCGUUUAUUGCUUGAAAUCUGCAUUAGUCCGCUCUUAGUUAAUGUGAGACACUAUCCUUUUUAUAUAGUCUUUUGGAGUGUUUUCUGCCCUUAUUUUAAGGGAAUGCACGUUCAAUAAACGCAGUAUUUUUUACGGUA